CGAAAGCUAUGUUCUGACAGGCCCAUCUAUUAUCACGUCCUUCUUUCUUCUCCACUCUCUCUCUGUCUGAGUAACCGGUAAGGUAGUUGAAAAGGAACUCUUGAGACCUCCGCCAAUCGCCAUUUUUCUCCCCUCUUUCGAUGUUACCAAAGAAACAGAGCAUCUUCACAGCGCAUUUUCAACAGCAUUGAAGAAUCCCUCCCGCACGUUGAUUCCAUCGAAAUCCCUUCCUCGAAAAAACCCCUCUUUUUCCCCCAUUUCAAUUUCAAAACCCCUUCACGGAACCGAAAGAAGGAAGCUUUUCGCCAUUCUUCAAACCCAACAAUGGCGCACCUCCUCCAAACCAGUUUCCUCCCUUCCUCGCAAUGUCUCCGACCAAACCCAGAUCGGUCCUCUUCUUCCACCUCUUCGCCGAUGGUGCAAAUCAGCCGGCGGUGGAGCAAAACCGGCGGGGCAGUGCAGGCGAAGAUCCGGGAGAUCUUCAUGCCGGCGCUGAGCUCGACGAUGACGGAAGGGAAGAUUGUGUCGUGGGUGAAGUCUGAAGGGGAGAAGCUCGCCAAGGGGGAGAGCGUCGUGGUGGUGGAGUCCGACAAGGCCGACAUGGACGUCGAGACUUUCUACGACGGGUACUUGGCCGCAAUCAUGGUCGAGGAAGGCGGCGUCGCCGCCGUCGGCUCCGCAAUCGCUCUAUUAGCUGAGACCGAGGACGAAAUCGAGGCGGCCAGGUCCAAAGCUGCUGGCAGCAGCUCUUCUGCUGCUUCUUCCUCUCCCGCCACCGCUUCCACCUCUGCGGACCCAAUCCCGGCAGAAAUUGCUGCUCCGAUUGCUGCUUCCGCACCAAUUGCGGCAGCUCCGGUGGCCAAAUUGGCCUCCGCCGUGCAUCCGGCUUCCGAUGGAGGGAAGAGGGUGGUGGCGUCGCCUUAUGCCAAGAAACUGGCUAAGGAAUUGAAGGUGGAGUUGGCGGCCAUUGCUGGAAGCGGGCCUCUGGGUAGAAUCGUGGCUAAGGAUGUUGAGGCUGCCGCCGCCGCCGCGCCUGCUCCAGUGGCGGCGGCUACGACGGCUGCGCCGGCUCCUGCUGCAGCUCCAAAUGUUGAGCUGGGGACAGUUGUGCCGUUCACCACAAUGCAAGGAGCUGUGAGUAGGAAUAUGCUGGAGAGCUUAUCAGUUCCCACUUUCAGGGUUGGAUACACCAUUACAACCGAUGCUCUUGAUGCUCUUUACAAGAAGAUCAAGUCGAAGGGAGUGACGAUGACAGCUCUUCUAGCAAAGGCGACAGCUUUAGCAUUGGCGAAGCACCCUGUUGUCAAUUCAAGUUGCAGAGAUGGAAAUAGCUUUACGUAUAACAGCAGCAUCAACAUUGCAGUUGCUGUGGCAAUUGAUGGAGGGUUGAUCACUCCAGUUCUUCAGGAUGCCGAUAAGUCGGAUAUUUACUCGUUGUCGAGGAAGUGGAAGGAGUUGGUUGAUAAGGCCAGGGCAAAGCAGUUGCAGCCUCAUGAGUACAAUACAGGCACUUUCACCCUGUCUAACCUAGGAAUGUUCGGAGUGGACCGGUUCGAUGCCAUUCUUCCACCUGGAACCGGUGCUAUCAUGGCUGUGGGAGCAUCUCAACCAACAGCAGUGGGAACUAAGGAUGGUCGCAUUGGCAUCAAGAAUCAGAUGCAGGUGAACGUGACUGCAGAUCAUCGGGUCAUCUAUGGAGCCGACCUAGCUGCCUUCUUGCAAACUCUAUCGAAAAUCAUCGAGGACCCCAAAGAUCUCACAUUCUAGUUAAGCCUUCAGGAGGAAAGAAAAACUGGGAAACGACAACCCUUCAUUAGCACCAGAGGCACAAUUUAACCAGAGAAAUGUAGCCUAUUUCAAUCUGCUUCCAAAGUUAGGAUUUUGAGAAGCCUGUGUUGAUUUUCAUUCAAAUGUUGAUGAGCAUUAUUAAGUUUGAGGUAUUCAAUGUUUUGAUCAUGUUCAGGGUGGUUUUGAGUUAUUGGAAGACUUUUCUGUAUCAACUCAACUUGGCAUGCAUGAUCUUCCCGAGCUGCUGUCCUUUGUAUAAGUAGGCAAAUUUAUGCCGUUUGGUGUUCUUUGGAUGAAAAAUUGGGCCAAAAAGUGUCCUUUUCCGAAACUAUUGGCGACAAAUACUUCUUUACCGUCGCCAAAAGUAACACAGCCGAGUUUGAUAUUCCGAAUUCAUGUGUGAGGUGUCUCAGGUUCGAAUUCCGUUACACCACUUUAUUACCGGGAUAUUAAAAAUAAAAAAACUUCUUUACA